AUGAAAUUAGCAAUGCAAUUAACACUCUUAACAAAAAUAAACACGCCGGUAAAAAAAGGUUUUAAUAUUGCGAUUGGAAGUGUGGUCGAAGGGGUGCGGGGGUAUAAUGGUAAUGUAAAAGCUUCUAAUGAAGCAGUGAAUACAGUAAUCAACAAAUUGAGGAGCGACAUGACUAAUAUUAAUAACAUUUUAAAAAAAUCGUAUGAGACUGAUGAUGUCGCGAAAAUUGACAAAAAAGUUGAGGAGUGUAUCAGGCAUGUUGCCGAAUAUGCAGCCGGUAUGAGAAAGGAAAAAAAUUACAUUGAAGAUCUCCAAAACGAUUUACAAAACAAAAUAAAUAACGCGGGUGAAAUUAUAAGUUAUCAGGCUGCGCAACUAAAAGUUAUUCACUCUAGGCAGCAGAAAAGCAAAGAGGCUGUAGAGACGUCUGUCACUGGCAAGAUUGAUAACCUUAGAGACGAGGUAAAAGAGAACAUCAAGAAAGAAGUUAAAAAUCUCGUCGACCAAUUGAAAGAUAAAGUGAAGGCUAUUUUGAAAAAGUUGGAAGAAAUUAACGACAAUCUGUGGAAAUAUGUUAAGGAGUUGGAAAAGUGGAUUGAAAAAGCUGACAAAGAUCUAAGCCAAGCGAUCGGCAAGGCAAAUUCAAUCGAGAAAAAUAAGAUUGGAGAGAAUGAUCAGAAUAAGAUAAAAUCCGUUGUACAAGAAAUUAACAAAGGAUUUAUCGGCGCGAGAGGGUUUGUGAAGCAAAAAGUUGGAGAAGCGCUGCAAGCUGUGAAAGAUAUGGACGAGGCGAUUAAGAAGGAUUUGAAGACAGUGAAAACUAGGAUAAUGGAGGAGAUUUGGGGGCACGUUAACACGGAAAUUAGGACGCCGUAUGGUGGUUUGGAAGGGAAGGUUAAGGAGGGAUUGUGGACGAUAGAAGAUGCAAUUACUAGGCCGCUCGGCAUGCUCGUAAGCAGCGCACGAAAUUUCAAGGAAUACUUCGAAGCGACAAAAACCGCGGUUUCGUUGGCUGUCAGUAAAGUCAUGGCGGACUUAGAAAAUCUACAAUUGCUUUCUAAUAUUGAAGAUAUUCAAAAGGGUGUCGCACCUCUUCUCAGUGCUGUUGGCGGAGGCGAUCCUUUCAAAGACCUAAAAGGCUAUUUCAGCAAUCUAACUACUAAAGUCAUGACACCCUUAAGAGAGGUGUUGGAUGCUGUUUCAAAUGGUUUGGGGAAUCUUAAUGCAGUAGACAGGAAACAACUGGAGGCCGCCUUUAGCAGUGUUAAAGAAGACUUUAGAAAGCAACUUAAAGAGAUUGAAAAGGUUGUUGAUGGCUUCGUUCUGAACCUCGAUAUAACGAAGAUUCCGAUCGGCGACAUCGACAUGAACAGUAUUCCGAAACUCGAACUAACAAAAUAUGCUCAGCACGUUAAGAGUGUAACAAAAAAGCUUACAGGUCGUCCUGAACAAUUAGAAAGAGUAGACGUUAAAAACUUACUCAAAGUCCUCCGUCAUAUUGCCUAUGAAGUAUCUUCUCACUCUCAUCAGGUUGUACAGCACGUUAUGAAUAAGAUUCAAGAAAAACUUAGGACUGAAGUUGGCAAUGUUGCUACAGCCAUCAAUGCUAAAGUGAACACAAUUAAACAAGGUAUAGAUUAUGGAAUUCACGACAAAACAUUCUCUUAUGUUAGCGGAGACAAUAACGAACACUCAAGAGGCUUGCAGGCGUUGGUUAAAAAUUACGAUCGAAAUAUUAAACACGAGAUCGACAGGUUUCAAAGUGAUGUCAUCCCAGAUGCGUUUACGCAUACAGAUAGACUUCAUAAGAGUGCGGAAAAUUACGAUUUUGGCAAAAAGCUCAUGACCUCUUUCAAAACCGCCUAUGAUGCGCUUGGAUUUAAGCUUGAACAGGGCACAUUUCAGAAAACUGUAGCUGACAAACUCGACCAGGAGAUCGGUGGGGAUGGCAUGGCAGAUGGAGGCGAUGCAUCUGAAAAAAUAUCUGCGCUUGCUGACCGAAAAUUCACCAAUUACAGAGGACAAGUUGACCAAGAUAGCGUAGCGCUUUCUAAAGGUGACUUAGACAAGCUAUCAGGCGCACUUCCAAAUAAGAUCAAGGAAAUUGACGAGCACGGACUAAGCACCUUUAAAGGCAACCUGGGCGCGACUGAUACUGACAAGGAUGUGAUAAAAAGUGGAUACCUUAAAGAUAUCACAGACAAUCUCACCAACCUCUUAAAAGAAUUUUCCACCGCCGGCCAAUUCAUUAAUCACUAUCUAAACACACUGAAAACGGAUAUCGGUAAAGACAAGAGUAACGGUCUCAAUGAAAUAAAAAAUAAACUUAAGCUCCUUAUCACCGGUGAAAUAAAAGCAGCCACCAAGCUGGCCACCGACGUCUUAACUGGAGCCGACAAAUUACGUGAUAAAUAUGUUAGUCAAAUUCAUCAAUACGUUGCCGAACAAUCCUCAUGCGCUACCAGAGAUAUUAACACGCAGGUGUGCAAGCAAUAUGUCUCCAUCAUACAGGAUUUGCUAUCAGACUUCGUUAACAAGGUUCAAAGCGAGCUUGGCCCACUCCCCAACGAGAUCACAGCAGAUGCCGGAAAAGUAUAUAAAGGCUUCAUGGGAGUGUUACUAGAGAAAAUAAAAAGCAGUGGAUUAUCAGCUGCACUGGACGAUUCCGCUACUCUACAGACACUGUCAGCCAGAGCGAAAACGUUUUUCACCGACUUGCCCAGAACUCUGAACACUAGGCCAAAAAUCAUGCCUUCGGAUAGUCUUUCCAAACUGCAAACCAGACUAACACCUUUGUUCACUGACCUCACCAAAUACGACAGUAAAUUUGUAACGAAAUUAGACGCACUUAGUGGUCUACUCACCGAGAUGCGUCCCGAAUCGUACGCCCAUCAGCACAACCCCCUGCUCGACUGUCUCAAAAAGGGCGUGCAGGGGAUGUGCGAGGAGCUCGGCAAGGCGUACGUAAGCGUGUAUGAUAGCGAGACUUUCGGUGCUGAGCUAAUAAAAAACCUCAAACAUGUAUCUAGCGUUGGUAAACUUGAAAUAAAAUAUGAUCUGACUGACGAAGGCACCAGGUUGUCUAAGGUGUUCCUCACGGUGCUCCGCACCAUUGACGUUUCGCUUCAUACGUUGAAAUCCAACUGCAGAGUUCUGCAAAAGAAACGAAUCAACAGAGAUACUGACAUCGGCAGACUGUUCGCUGAAAUGGGAUAUGUAGUUUCAAACUUUGAUGAGCAAAAUGGCGAGCUGCAAGACAGAAGUGAAAUGACCGGCGAGCAUAUCCUAGGCCGACUUAUCGGUCGCAGUGGGAGAGUCUACAGCAGCCACGAUGAUAAAAACUACGAAGGGGCACUAAAGGAUCUCGUCACGCACCUCAAUCGCUACUUCGAAGUGUGCCACUUCACCAUCCUCCCUAGACCUAGGACACCUUGCAAUGUUUAUGAAAUGUUAGUAUGGCUUACAGGCCUUCCUCACAAUCCGGUUUACGACGCGCUAUUAGAAGACGGUCUCAGCGCACCGUUUAAAGACCCGGCGAAGCAGACGAAGGAAGCGGGUGACGGCUUUGAGUUCACCGUGUUUGACCUCCAGACUUCACAUAUAGAUGCUUACCCAAGUAACAUCACCUACAAGAAUACGGCUGCCACGAUAAAUCACAUCUGUUCGAAAGCAUACGACGUAUUGGCCACCAUCGUCGGACAUGGCAACGCUUCUACCGUCUACGCUUGUGACUUCCCAAGCAACACCCUCAAUUUGAAAUAUCCCGCUGGCGGUGAGGACUGCCUAAAUACGCUCCUCGAUAUCCUGCGUAGACUUUUGCCGCAGCUGCAAUAUUUGUUCCACCGCUGUAACGUUACUGAUACGUAUUACGGCUGGCGAAAUUGUAGGUACGGCAGGGACGUACCGACAGCCAAGUGGCCGUGUGUCGACCACUCAAGCGACAAAGCAAAGCACGAAGCAACGUGCCAGACAAAGUGUCAAGCAAACACCCAACUACAUUGUCAACCAACAUCGCCGUUGAUGUCUUAUCUAAAUGACUGUCUAUCCGCUCAUUUGCCGCAUCAGAUAGUGACGGUGGGUUGCAAGUCUGAAUGUAAGACAUGCCCUUCCAAUAGCCCUGGAAUGCCGUGCCGAAUGCCUUUCGGAUUUAGAGGAUUUUCUGGGUCAACGAAGACAGGUAUGGCUAUAUGUGAAAGCCUCAGGCUAUUUUUGGGUAGCGGCCUAGUGUCGUCCCUUUUGUGCCUUAUACCCAGGCCGCCGUCUACACUACCGGAGCACUUCAACUUUGCGUUGUCCCUCGUUGACAAGUGGAAUGGCUCUGCCAGUCAUGUUAUAAAGGACGCUUUCGAGGCAUCGAUUGUCGGCAGUUCCAUCGGCCUUUACAAGCAACCCAGCAGCUUCACCAAGGUGCUGAGUAAUGCCUAUGGCAGCCGUGAAAGUACCCAUGCACGAGAAAGCCAUCCCAUAUCUACUCGAGCUGACUUAUUAAGUCUGGCUAAAAAAGAAUCUUGCAUCUAUUCAAUUAGCGACAACGUCCAUUGCGCUCCGUAUCUGUCGUCGGUCUGUUCAGAUUUCUAUCACUACCUUGCCAUAAAGCACGCCGACUUAUAUCUGUCCUGGGCAGUCUACUUGCCGUGGACACUGUAUAAGUAUCUAAAAAGUUUACUCGAUGCAUUCUGUAAUAUUUCCUGUAAGGACUGGGAAUGCAGCAGAUGCACGCACGGCGACAAAUGCAAACCGGGGAAGCAUGGUGUAGGAUACAGCUGUACUUGCAAAGCACUAGUACACUGUCGUGGCGUUAUGAGCACAUUCUACAGUUACGGAUUCGCAUUUGGCAACCCUCAAACACUGUUAGCCACGGAUGGCAGGAGAUAUUGCCACAGUUUCUACAACCAGCUGAAUAAUGUCUUAAACUCUGUUUGUUUCAAGGACCUCCUCCAAAAGUGCGACGAAUUCAUUUCACCAUCAGGCAGCCGUUCAUAUGGCUCAACGUGGCACUGUGGUCCCUCUCCCUCUUCUACCUUCAUCUGCGUGAUGGUUGGCAGGCUGGAUGUGCUCCACAUACGCUCACAUCUGCGAACACCGUCGUCGCACAGGAUAACGGCGCAGUCAUUGUUGGCUGCAGCGCAAGUCGGAAGGCUUGCCAAGAUAUCGUAUCUACAACCGUAA